AUGUGUUUAUUUGCAAAUUCUUUACAGGUAGAGAAACUAACAGAAGCGCUCUUGUCUCGGGAUGACUCCAAACUUAAAGAUAUAUUGUAUGGCCCAUCUCCUCCCACCGUUGCUUAUAAUAUAGAGGUCUUGUACAGUAUGGUAAUGCCGUCGUCGGAUACGAGACUCGAACGCAACAGAAGUUUUCAGUUGGCCUGUGUUAAGAAGGCCCCACUGUUAGUACAAUGUCUGUCGAACGGGGAAUUUCUGAAGGGUGCCGCACCUCAUACUAGAAGAGUGGGAUAUCUAGCUCUGGUAAGACUGGCGAAGCUGGCUCUGUACACUUUGGGACACCUCUUCGAAAUUCUGGCACCAGAUGGAACUGAAGCUGCCCUCGAUAAGGAUUUUAGAAUGGAUGUCACAAUACUACGCGAGGCAUUGCAGUCAGUCCCUAAUCACAAUUGCGAGAUUAUUGUUAAAGCGAUUGCUGAGAAACUCGCCAAUACACUUGCAGAGCAGGUGGUAACUAGUGGCGAAGACAGUGAUUCGGUAUCGUCUCUUGUAUGGUGGCGAGUGCCGACAGCAGCGACGGUACGGGCUCUGUACGCACUCACUUACUCUGUGGCACAGCCCUUGGAAGUCACCGGAUUGGUGCACUCGGAUGACGUCACACUGGUUCGGGAAUGUAUGGAAGUUGUGACGAUCUGUAUGGCUUUUGGAGGUGGACAUCUGGAAGAUCUGCUGCAUGAGUCUUGGUGGCAGGACACGGCUUUGUACCUGAUGAUUGACUGCCCGAGUGCUCAGGUGCGGGUAUCGUGCGCAGAACAAUUGCUGUCUAUGUGCGGAUGGGGCGGCGGCGGAGGGGCGAGGGGGGGCGCUUUUCUGCAGCUCUUGUGCCGGCUAGUGGCCUUAGCCGGACCCACUGCUAAAACUUUGGAGGAUCUUGCUACAGAAGUGGCAUGGCUGCGGGCAUUACGAGAUAAUCCCGAAACCUUAGACGACACAUUACUCGAGGGUCAUUUAAAUUUGACGAAGGAGCUCUUCACACAUGUUCCUGCGCAGGUUAAGUUUCAAUAUGGCGCGCAUCCGGAACACAAGGAUUCGGGCUUGUUAAAGGAAGUGGUAACACAAUUUCUAUGGCCAUACUCGUGGGCGUGGUGUCGUAUGUCGGAAUACGACAGAGGAGAGGGUAGCGGCGAAGACAUUCCCACACCACUAUGUCGUACCGCCGGCUCGGUGGCUGCAGCCACGGAUUUGCUGUUAUCCCUCGUGCACGGAUGCCUCUUCAAUAUGGCGGCAUUGGCUAAUCUAUUGCAUUUAAUGUUUUAUAGCGAUAGGAACAUGCCGCUCGCGGAAUGGGAGUAUAUGCCGUGUGUUGGGCCACGCCCUUGUGCUGGUUUAGUGGGGUUGAAAAAUGCUGGCGCCACUUGCUACAUGAACUCUGUAUUGCAACAAUUGUACUGUGUACGCGCUGUUCGGGAUUCGCUACUCACUGUACAAGGAGCGGCAACGGAUCCUAACGAAGAUUUCUCUGGUGAGAUGCAUCAUAAUAUGAUGGAAAAUAAUAUUGAGAAUAGCGCCGAGUACAACAUCACCAUACUGAAGCAGGUUCAGGCGAUAUUCGCACAUUUGCACUACAGCAAACUUCAGUAUUAUGUACCGAGGGGACUUUGGGCUCACUUCAGAUUACAAGGCGAACCAGUGAAUCUACGCGAGCAACAAGAUGCCGUGGAAUUCUUCAUGUCUCUCGUCGAGUCUUUGGAUGAAGCCCUCAAAUCGUUGGGACAAGAGCAGUUGAUGGCUAAGACUAUGGGAGGCACUUUCUCAGACCAGAAGAUUUGCAAAGGUUGCCCGCACAGAUAUUGCAAGGAGGAGCCGUUUAGUGUAGUGUCAUUGGAUAUACGGAAUAUGUCGCGGCUCCAAGAAUCGUUGGAGGCCUACGUACGAGGUGAAUUGCUGGAGGGCGCUGACGCUUACCAUUGUGAUAAAUGUAGCAAGAAGGUGGUGACAGUCAAAAGGUUAUGUUUAAACAAACUACCCCCAGUUCUAGUCAUACAGCUUAAACGUUUUGAAUACGAUUUUGAAAGGGUGUGUGCAAUUAAGUUUAACGAUUACUUCGAGUUUCCGCGGGAUCUUGACGUCGAACCAUAUACAGCCUGGGGUCUAGCAAAGGCGGAGGGCGAGACCAUAUGGGAAGGAAGUGAGGAUUCCGAAAAGGACUCGCGGUGCACGCAGUACGAACUCAGCGGGAUUGUUGUUCAUUCCGGUCAGGCGUCUGGUGGCCAUUACUUCUCAUAUGUGUUAUUGAGGGACACGGGCUCGGCUGGUCGGUGGGUUAAGUUGGACGAUGGGGAGGUGUCGGAAUGUGCCAUGCACGAUGAUGACGAGAUGAAGGCGCAAUGCUUUGGAGGAGAAUAUAUGGGCGAGGUAUUUGAUUCAACAAUCAAAAGGAUAUCAUACAAACGCCAAAAGAGAUGGUGGAACGCCUAUAUGUUGUUUUACACACGGAAGGAUACGAUCAGCACUUCACUUGAACAAUCUAUGAAGAGUAUGACUCUUAAAGAAAGUACCAUACCGAAACCAAUAUGGAACUCGGUACGUCGCAGCAAUAUUGCGUUUUGUCACAACCAGGAUCAAUUCAGCUUGGAGCACUUCAAUUUUAUGAAGAAAUUGUGUUGUAUGCGGCUGCAUCCUGGAUCACAGAGCGCAGUUUGGGGUCCAGAACACGAAGAGAUGUCGAUGUUAGCAGUGCAGUUGGCCACCAAGUUUCUCUUUCAAAUUGGCUUUCACACGAAGAAAACUCUACGCGGUCCAGCGACGGAUUGGCACGAUAUAAUUUGUCAACAUCUAAGGUGCUCGCAGACGGUUCGAGCUUGGUUUGCCACAGAUCUCUUUAAACAUACACACAGAUUAGGCGAUUACCUCCUCUCGUGUCCUACAAGCGAUGUCCGAAUAGUAUUCAUGAAGAUAAUCGUAUUCCUGGCCCACUUCUCCACACAAGAUCCACCAGUCAACAAUGGCUACAGCUCGUGGUGUAGCCGCGAAGAAGUGACAAGUCUUUCCGAUCAAGUAUUAUGUUGUGCGCGUGCGCUGGCAGCGCCAGAUCCGCAUACGCACCGACUGCCGCCGCAUCUGCCUUUGUUAUUCAACCUGUUCCACGCGUAUGCUAUGCUGGGCUUGCAAGAGAAAUAUCAGCUGUUACGGCUCAAAAUUUUGGAUAUUGUACUGUCGGUGUGCAUCGACGAAUCGUAUUCGUCACUUGGAAAAUAUCAAUAUCCCGAGUCGGCUAAAGUCCAUCAGGUGGUCUGUGCGUUAGUGCGCUGCUGUGACGUAAGCAGUCGUUGCCAGUCGGCAAAUGCAGCCGAAGGGGCGUUGCCCUUGGUCAACCCUUACGCGGAGCCUCCGCCCGCGGGCCCUCGCCCUACGCUCUCACCUGCCGCAGCAGAUGUUCUCUAUAAUAAGACUGCUACAUACGUGAAGAAACUCAGCGAGGAAUGCUGUGGCUGCGAAGAAGGCAUCAGAUUGAUUCAGUUCCUGAGCUGGGAACACGCGGGCUGGUCUCGGGCUGCUCUCGCGGAGCUUCUUUGGCAGAUGGCCUGUGCUUACUGCCACGAGCUAAGGAGGCACUGCGAUGCACUGACUGCCUUAUUGCUGAUGGAAGACAGCUGGCAGCAGCAUCGCAUCCACAAUGCUAUCAAGGGCGUGUCAGAAGAGCGUCAAGGUCUCCUAGAGACAGGUCUACGUGCACGCGGCCAUUACCAGAAGCGUACGUACGCGUGCGUGAAAUUGCUCGUCGGGGUGAUGUGUCGUACGCCGCUCGCGAUACGCGCCGUACAUUCGCAGGCGGAGCCGCGACGCAGAUGGAGGCAGUUGCUGGCGUGGCUUCAGGAUGAACUGGAUCGGUACGGGUCUGGAUAUGGCUCUUAUGGCACGUGGUCACCGCCCGGAACCUCUAAUGAGACCUCUAGUGGGUACUUCCUCGAACGCAGCAAUUCCGCGAGGAAGACGUUAGAAAAAGCCUACCAACUGUGUCCCGAAGAAGAAGACGAAGAAGAAGAAACCCGGGACCGAGACGGCUCCGGCUCCGUCAACUCUGGAGGCUCAGCCGAAGGGGGCGAAAGCGGGGAAGAAGAGCCCGAAGACCGACGGCCUCCCCUGGUACUCGCGCCCCCUGACCCCCUGCCCCCCCAUUGA